CGCUCUUCGACAACAAGCGCGGGAAAAGUUUAUUCUUAAAAAGUUUUUGUGAUCUGUGCUACCUGUGGUAAAUUCAAUAUGGAGGGGUGCGGCAUGAGCUGUAUAAAAUACCUUUUGGUUGUCUUCAAUGGAUUGUUUAUGAUAUUCGGCAUAGUGAUAAUCGCGACAGCAUGCGUGGACAUGGGCAUCAUCAAGGGGUUUGCUGGAGGUGAAGUGUCCGGUCACGAGACAGACGCGGUGCUAAUCGCGGUGGGCGUGCUCAUCAUACUGGUGGCAGCCUUCGGGUGCUUCGGGGCGUGGAGGGAGAGUCCGAAGCUGUUAUACAUUUUCGCCGGUUGCCUCAUCAUAAUCAUCCUCCUGGAGCUGUCGGUGGGCAUCGCUGCAGCAGCACUCCGCCCCCAAAUUGAGGUCGGACUGAAGCAGCAACUCCGCUCCUCGUUCAUCAAGAACAAGUCUACACGGGAGGAGGACUCCCACUACCGCGACUUCUGGGAUAAAAUCCAAUCCAACUUGGAAUGCUGCGGUAUCUCCGGGCCCGACAACUAUGGCUCCACCGAGCCCCGCCUGAACCCGCCGUACAGCUGCUGCCCGCGCGAAGCCACUGAAGACUCCGACGAAGUGAAGCGCUCCAACUGCCUCACCCACAACACCAUGUACAAGGAAGGCUGCGAGGACAAGAUUCUCAUGACCAUACACAGCGCUGGGCUCUCCGUCAUCGUCUGCGGGAUCCUCUUCUGCUUCUUGGAGGUGGCUGGCAUAGUGCUCGCUCUAUGGUUGGCACACUCCAUAAAGACGCAAGGGAAAAGUCGCGACACAGCCUAGGUUAAAUUAUAAUUAGUAUGCACCCUAAUGAAUAGUUGUACAGACAAAAGAAACACCACC